GUUCAGUCUCAUAACUUCAUAAUUACACUGAGACACCUUGGAGUCAUGAGGAAUAAAGUUCUUGGAAUAUGAUUGGUGGAACAAUUCAGGAAAAUGAUUUUUUCACUGGAAUUUCUGAAAGCAAAGUUAAAAACUCUUCUGUAGUCAUAAACACCCUGAUACUCGUAAUGACCAUCCUUUCAACACAGACAGUGCUGUUUGACUUCAUACCUCACAGAUAUAGAAGAGGAAUCACUGUCUGGUGUCACCAUGAAGAGGAUGGUUUCCCUUUUCAGUUUGUUUCCACUGAAGGUUUCUUCCUCAUGUCGUCUCAGGGAGUUUUCCCUCACCACUCACACCUCUGACUUGUUCAUGAGGAAUCUUGUCUUCAUCAGGAUUUCUGUAAAGCUGCUUUUUAGCAAUGUCCACUUCAUAACUAAUUCAACAUAGAAACACAUUUAAGCCUGAAUACCAGCUGAUGGGACACAAAUCUACGGAGCAGACUAAUGUUCUUAUCUUUAACAAGCCAUUAACCUACCUAAAUUUUUUUUUAUAAAUACUGACGACUGUUUAGUGUCCAUGUGUCUUUAAUGAACAACCUCCAAACACACACUAUUAGCAGAGAACAGAAAUAACAGAGUGACAGUUGUUCUAUUUAUUGUAGAGGUUUGUGGUUUGUUCUCAGUGUUCAGCUCUCCAUCUCACACGAAGGGGAAGUGGUGAUGGACGACUACACUGCAAAAUCAUAACUUCAUACUUUUACACAAGGCCUGUGAAGUGGCUUACAACUUUACAACUUUAUAAUUUAAUGCACUGAACACAACGUUCUUCACUGAUAAUAAAGUCGAGGAGAAACAGGAACAUGCUGGUGAAUAUUGUAGCAGAAAUCAGGACUCUCAGGACUCUUCUUCUCCUGCUGUGCUGUUUACUGUGUGAAGCUGGAGACGAGACGGUCACACUGCAGGAAGUGGAAGGAACCACUAUAACUCUCCAUACUGGGAUAACUGGGAUUCAGAGGGAUGCUCAUAUAGUUUGGUUUUAUGGACCUGAGAAAGCAAAGAAAAAGAUAUUGAACAGUCAGGUGUUUAAAGGAGAAACUGUUACAGACAUCAGUGAGAGAUUUAAAGAGCGACUGCAGCUGGACAGAAUCAGUGGAGCUUUAACCAUCAGGAACAUCAGCAGAACUGAUUCUGGAGUUUAUUUAUUACAAGUCAUCACUGAACAUCUCUCAUCUAGGACUUUCAGUGUCAGUGUUUAUGCUCCAGUAUCAACUCCAGUAAUAAUAAAUGAAAGAGGAAAGCGAAGUGUGAUUUCCACAGAGUCGUGUUUCCUCCUGUGUUCUGUGGAGAAUGGAGAAGAUGUGAAGUUAUCCUGGUACAGAGAGAAUGAGAGAAUCUCCAUCACCAAUAACACAGAUCUCAGUGUUCCCCUCAAUCUCCCACUUCAAAUACAACACAAUGACAUUAACACUUACAUCUGUGUGUCUGCAAACCCUGUCAGCAAUAAAACAACUUCUCUCAACAUCACACAGCUCUGUGACGUCUCAGACAAAUCUGAUGAUUCUCCUUCACGGCUUCCUGUCCUGAUAUCAGCUGGAGUUUUCCUGCUACUAAUACUAACAGGAUUUGUGUGGGUUUGGCUAAAAAGAAAACACAACAAGCUCCUAAAGAAACUUGAGGAAGUGACUUUCACUGAGGUGACAAUUACAGCUCACAGUGCAGAGAGAGUUAAAAAGGAAGAAAAGUCCAGAAUAACAGAUGGUCAAGAGCUGAAUACCUUCGUGAUGUACUCAGCUGUGGAGACACUGACAUAAUUCAGUACAUAUUUAUUUAUCAAAAAGAACUUUACAUGAUAAUUAGCGUUCAGAAAUACUCACUGAGUUAUGUGAGA